AUGUUGCAAGGUCUCUUUGAUGACGAUGGUGGAGAUGGAGAACCUUAUUAUCAAGGAACAGCCAAUACAGGUUCAAAGUCAACGGUUGAAAAACCUUUAUCACCACGAAAUGAAACGAAUUUAUGUGGUUUACAAAAUCAAGGAGCUACUUGUUAUUUGAAUGCUCUCAUUCAAACAUUACUUUUUACACCAGAAUUUCGUGAACCUCUUUUCCGUCUAUCUGCUAAAGAUCUUAAUCUCCUAUCAAAUUCUAAUGAUUCAAGUCAAACUCCGUCCAGUGGAAGUACUUUGAAAGUUCGUAAGAUAAUUGUUGAAUUACAACGUCUUUUUGCUGAAAUGCUUUUGCUUAAUCAACAAGCAUGCUCAUCAAUUCGAUUAACCGAUAGUUUUGGUUGGCAAUCGAAUGAAACAUUUGAUCAUCAAGAUGUUCAUGAACUUAAUCGUUUGUUAUUUGAUGCCAUACAAAAAUCUUUACAAGGUACUAAACAAUCAAAUUUGAUACAUUCUUGUUAUGAAGGUUCGACAAUUAAUUAUACACAAUGUAAACAAUGUCAGAAAGUUUUUAAACGAAUAGAAGAUUAUCAAGAUUUACCAUUGGUUGUACAAGAUAGUCCAAAUUUACAUACAUCAUUAGCAAAUAUGUUUACUCUUCAUGAACACUUAAUUGGCGAUAAUCAAUAUCGAUGUUCAUCAUGUGCAAAUAUGUUAUGUGAUGCUGAAAAAUGGGCUAAAAUAAGUAAAUUACCACCGAUUUUAACAUUUCCAUUACAACGAUUUGUUUAUGAUAUUAAAACGGGUAAUCGAUUGAAAAAAACAACACGUUAUGAAUUUCCUUUUGAUAUCGAUUUAAAGGAAUUUUGUGAAGAUUCUGUGAUCGAAACAAAUUAUGAAUUAUUUGCUGUUGUUAUUCAUAAGGGUACAUGUUAUUCAGGGCAUUAUUAUGGUUAUAUUAAAGAUAUCGAUCAUAUUGGAUGUUGGAUAUGCCCACCACCACCGUCAUCACCUGCAACAAAAUCAUCAAACAAACAAAAAACAUCGAAUACACGAAAUGGUAAUUCUUCAAAUACUAAUUCUCGUUCUAAUCGAAAUUCAAGUCAAAAUGAUCCAGUUGAAACUGAUGAAGAAAUAAUGAACAAAAUUGAUUUAAUUCGAACUAUAUUAUUAUCAUGUGAUGAUUGGGUUACUAUUGAUGAUCUUUUCAAAACUUAUCGUGACAAUACAACAGUUCCGCGUGGUCGAACUCGUGGUUCUAAUGGUGCAUUUACAAAAUUUCUUCGUAGUCAUCCAGAAGUAUUUCAUGUUGAUGAUAAACGUGUUCGAUUAAUUGAACAAAUGGAUAUUGAUGAAUGUGACAUGACUGACAUGGAUUAUGAAACAUCACAAAUAGAUAAAUCAUUAACAAAUGGUUAUGAAAAUGAUGAAUAUUGGUUUUGUUUUGAUGAUUCAAUAGUAACAUGUGUUACACGACAACAUAUUCAAAGACAUUAUGGAAUGAAUGAUUGUGCAUAUAUGUUAUUUUAUAGAUUAAAGAGUCAUCGAAAUAAAAAUGGAUCAACAAUGGAUUAUUCAGAUACUACAUAUUCAAUACCGCAAUGGUUAAUUGAAGAAAUUACAGAAAAAAAUAAAAUUUUAGAAGAAAAACGUGAAAUAUAUGAAAAAUAUCAGAAUCAGUUACCAGUAACUAUUUAUCCAAGUGAAUGGUUUGAAGUAAUUGAUGCAUGUCGAUUAAAUUUAAAUAACAAUGAACAAGUACUUUUUCCUGAUCAAUAUGGUGAACAUAUAUUUGAUAAACGAACAAAACUUAAUGAAUUUAUUUCGAAUCUUGAGGAUAUAUACGGUAUAGGAAGUCAUUUUUAUGUUGCUAAAAAACUUCGUUCUGGUCAAUUGCAUAUUAUUAACGAAUUAACAAAUUCAAAUGAUGAAAUAACAUUAGAUAAAAAUGAUCUAUCAAAUUAUCGUCAAAUGAUUGUUUUUAAACAUUCAUCAAGCCUACCGGAUACAGUUCUACAAGGCGAAGAAUUUGAACCAAUAAUGUUAAAUAUAGUCUAUGGUUUUUCUGAUGCACAUAUUCAUGCAUCACGUUUACAAACUACACGACAUGUAUCAAAAAAUACUACAUUAUUUGAAUUAAAAAAAAGUCUAUUUUAUGAUUAUUAUCAACAUGAUGAUCCCCAAAUUUUAAGACAAGUUCGUAUGGGUAAAUUAAAUUUAGAGGAGAAAAAUAAUCGUAAAUCACGUCGCGAAUAUAAAACUGAUGAAGAAAAACAAACAUUAGCACAAUUACAUUUACAUGAUGGUGAUACAUUAGGUAUUGACAAUAAAAAUUCUUUUGUAACAAGUUGGAAAGAUGCUUCUUCAAAUAAUACAACUAUGGGAAAAACUCAUUUAUCAUUAACCGUUAAAAAUAAUAUUGAUUCAACGAAUACAAAACCAAUGACAUAUAGUUGCAUUAAUACAACACCUAUUGGAGAAGUUAAAUUAAUGGCUAUUCAAGUAUUUGGUUUAUCAUUAGAUCCAUCCAUGUGUCGACUACAUAUUGAUGAUGAUUCUGAUGCAGCACAUAUUCCUCUCUAUGAUUAUCAAACUGUCGAUACAAUUGAUUUUAAACAAAAUAAUACAAAUCUUUGUUUAAAAUUAGGCCAAGCACUUAAAGAGAAUAAUCUUCUACUUUAUAUUCUAUCUGAUCGUGAACCUAAUUCACUUGAACUUGUUGUUGAUCAAAGUAUGACAUUAACUGAUUUAUGGAAUUUAAUUAAACAAGAACUUCAUAUGGAUAAUAAUGAUAAUGAAUACCAUUUAUGUGAAGUUAAAACGUCAUUGAUAAAUGAUGGUCCUCCAUUGAAUGAUUUUGAUCAAACACUGUUAGUUAAUGGACUUACAAAUGGUGCUCAAUUAAUCAUGCAAUCGGGCAGUGUUGCACCGAGAAAUCAUGUUCGAUUAAAAGUGUUUAGAAUUAUUAACAAAUAUUACAAACCAAAUGAAGCUAGUACGAAUGAAUUUUGUAUAAUGAUGAAAUGUCCAUAA